AUUUUAUUGGUAAAUUAUAAGCUUGUGCAGUAAUGGAAAGUAAGUGCAGUAAUGGAAAGUGUGAAUAAAACAUAUGUUCACUAUUAUAUGCACUCUUAUUUUAAAUUUCCAAGUUGGUAUCUGUGCAAGCAUACUUAUGUCAAAAUCAGCUGUCAACAAAAAGAAUAAAUACUUAAAAGAAAAAAAUUAAAAUGGAUAACGAAACAAAAAAGAUCCUAUUAGAGUAUUUAUUGGACUCAUCAUCAAGCAGUGAAGAAAGCAGUUCAUCAUCAGAACUUGAUCGCUUAAUGAGCUCUGAUGAUUCUUCAUCUGAUGAGAAGCACGCAAGCGUUUCGAAUUUUAUGAAAACUAUCGAGGAUUAUAGUGAGCUCGGUUUUAAAUCCUACUUCAGGUUGAUUCGCUCAACAGUAGAGAAAUUGAUAGAAAAAUACUCUCAAUCAGAAUCAGAACAACGAACUAUAAAUUCGAUUAAAAAAAUCGUGGUUAGUGUGUGCAUUUUACAUAAUUUAUGCAUAUCCAAUGACGAUAACAUCACAUUGGAUGAAGAAGUAACACCACAGGAAAAUAACUUGGGGCACAACACAAAUCCCGAAUUGAAUACAUCCCGGAAUCGUCGUGAAACAUUGUUUACAUAUCUGUGUCAAACAAAUAUAAUUUAGUUAUAAUUAAAAUUAUAAGCUACCC